GGGAAACGGCCGGGAGGAGGAGGAUGCGCGGGAGGCGGGGCAGCGUCAGAAUCAACGUGCUUCGGAUCCGGCCGAGGCUUACGGCGACACGGACGCGGAGGGUCUGGCCGCGGCCGCCGCGCUCCCUCCGGUUUUGUUUGGUGAGAUUCUCUUCAGAAAACAAGAUUUGUAUUGGUGGUAGAUCGACAGCAACUGACAAGGACUACCACGAUUAGAGCUACUCUUUUGGCACCCAUGUUUCAGUAUGCAGUCAAGCAGGCAACAAGGGAUCUGUGGGACGAGGCCAAGGUGUACGUGCGCAACCUUCCCUACGACGUUAGCAGCGAGCGCCUCGUGCAGCUCUUCGAGCAGGACGGCGUCAUCGAGGUCACCGUGUCGAUAUGUGGUAUCGGUGACAGAAGGUGCAUCACACGCUUGGGUAUUUUCUUCCGCACGAGUUUUGAGAAUGCCAAAGUGGUCACUGCGGUGGAUUGUAUUAUGUCACUGGUAUGUGAUAAGAAUUGGGAACAUUAUUCUUUUGCCACCCAGGAUUCGGAGCUCCGUGAAAAGCUAUGGGAGGUUCCUGGUGUUCCUGUGAUAUAUGGUCUGAAGAACUCCUUGUUCAUUGAGCAACCAUUCGUUCAGCAAAGUCAGUUUGCUCAGUUGGAUGAGAAGUGCAACUUAUUGAAAAAUCCGAAUUUAAGAAGCUACCCAUGACUCAGGACGUCACCCGAAGGAAAGACAUCUGUUGAUGGAAACAGACAUGAUGUGGCAUAGAAAAACAAGUUUAGAAGGAACAGAGCAAAGUCGAGCUCCACAUCCCUCGCCGCUUCCUCAACUUAUCUCAACUGCCAGCG